UGUGUCGCUGCUGAACUUUCUUCUCUGCCCAACCCCCCUUUCCUUUUUCCUUUCUCUCCGUCCAAGCUUUGUUAGUUGUUACAUAUAAAGAGCAGAGAAGCUACGAUCUCCUUGGCUGAUUUCAGUAGCAAAUGGGUCGAUCUCUAUGUCCUGAUAAGGUUGGUCUAAAGAAAGGACCAUGGACACCUGAAGAAGAUCAGAAACUCUUAGCUUGCAUAGAAGAACAUGGCCACGGAAGCUGGCAUGCCUUGCCGGCAAAAGCUGGACUUCAGAGAUGUGGGAAGAGUUGCAGAUUGAGGUGGACAAAUUACCUUAGACCCGAUAUUAAGAGAGGAAAGUUCAGCUUACAGGAAGAACAAACCAUCAUUCAACUCCAAGCUCUGUUAGGGAACAGGUGGUCGGCUAUAGCCACUCACUUGCCCAAAAGAACAGACAAUGAGAUCAAGAACUACUGGAACACUCAUCUAAAGAAAAGAUUGGAUAAAUUUGGGGCUGAUCCACUGACUCACAUACCCAAGAGCAAUGCACCCUUGACCAGUGACGGUCAGUCCAAGACCGCUGCUAACCUUAGCCACAUGGCCCAAUGGGAAAGUGCCCGUCUAGAAGCCGAAGCAAGGCUGGUUAAGCAAUCCAAGCUACGUUCAAAUUUACUCAACAAUCCUCUCGGAUCGACGGAGUUUGCUCCGGCUUCAAGCCCUCUUAACAAGCCGGUGGCGCCGCCUGAACCACGGCUUUAUCUUGACAUACUAAAAGCAUGGAAUGGUGUAUCGACUAAGCCAACUAAAGGUGGUAGAGCAGGUGGUGAUAUUAUUAGUCUCAGAACCACCGGAGUUGGCAAUGACCUUGAGUCGCAGACUUCUACACUUAGCUUCACCGAGAAUGCGCCAGCAAUUCAGAGAACCAGAAUUGGGGGGAGUCCCACUACUUUCACAGAGUUUAUCGGAAACUCGGGGUAUUGUGAUCAAGGUCGAAAGAAAGAAGAAGGUGAUGAAGAUUAUAACCAUUUGCAUGAACAUAAAGAUGGAACGGAUAGUUUGAUGCCCUUUACUUUUGGCCUUCUUGAUACGACCACGUCCAUUGACAAUUCAUGGACUCCUCCUGAGUCGCCCAGAACAGAUCAUGAGUGUGUUUGUGGUGACAAUUUUGUUAAGGGGUUCCCUGAACUUUUGCUUAAUAAUUCCGGUGGCCGGAGUUCCUCUGAGGGUGGCGUAGAGUCUAUCUAUGGCAAUGACGGUGGAAGUGACUGUAUGCAUUAUGAUACUAGAUUUUUUGUAUCGGAUUAAGUCCCCCAACUAAAUACUACUGUAAUUAUG